AUGGUUUGCUACGACAUGGUCGGCAAAAGCAACGACAAGCCACUAUGGCGACCGUUAGCUCACAAGUUCUCAACCCUCAUCCUCAGAAGACGACCAAGUAAACGAAAUGCCCUAGUCGACGCCGAAAAGGCCCAAGAAACCCCAGCAAACUUCAAGCCGCUCGAAGUUCGAUCCAAUGUUCUCGAAGGUCUCCACGUCCCCAAUAGUUGGCUCGUCGAGUCACCCUCGGCCAACUCGCACGACAAGUUGACACUCCCCGCAAUUAAUCUUUCAGAGUCACAACGAUCCCCGCGAUCGCGUGGGUUCGGCCUCUCCAAGGAUUCAUCAUCACGACCCUUCUCCAUUGGUGAUAUCUCUGGAUUAUUAAAGACCGAAUCAGACCGCGCGUCGGCGCUGGCGACCUUGACUGCCACCGACUCAGAACCCAAGGAGGAACGCAGCGUCUUGGACCGCGGACGACCGGUCGAACCUAGACAUUUAAUACAUCAGCCUGUUCGAGGCGGAAAGCCCAAUCGCAAGUCACUCCCAUUGGAGUUGAUGUUUACAGCUCCAGUAUACAACGAAGGCCAGACCUCCAACACCACAAUCGAAGACUCUGUGACAAAGAUCGACGUCGCUUCUCCUUCGUCCUUCCAUGAAUCGUCGCCUUGGACUGCCGAGCAUAGACGACGAUCCACCAUUCGAAUUGUCAGCCGAUCACCUACACGAGCCGAUGAGACAAAGAUUGAUACGACUUCUAUGACCACCACAACCACUACAGACGAACCUGAACCCCGACGUAGCCAAUCGAUCAAAAGAAAACCCGUCGCUGAAGCCCCCAGCACAACAACAUCAACAAUACCAGCUCCCGCGCCGGCACCCACCCCUGCACCAGCACCUACACGCACACCCUCUGUCAACACUAACAAUGACGGCCCAUCAUAUUCCACAUCUGUCACAAGACUCAAAGCAAAACAACCUUCCAAGUUAAGCGACCGUCUAUCAUGGAUCAAGAACCUGGAGGAGAAGAACAACGACAGACCGAACAAGGAUCUGGCCCAGUUGCCCAAGCGUGCUGGCACCGUCUCGGACAAGCUGGCCAUGUUUGAGAAGAAGAACAUGUCCGGCACGGCAAACAAGCAGCACCUGCUUGCGCCGACACGCACAUACUCCAGUAGCCACUCGAGCACCCACUCAAGUAGCUACAACUCCGCCCGUGGCCGCGAGAGCAUCUUUUCCACAGACAGCAACGCGAACGUGUCGUCGACGCGCACCUCGAUCGACACGACGCAUCGUACCUCGUCAGUCAUGAGCUACUACGAUGAUACCUUUCGACAAAAGCUAGAGUCUCUUGUCGGACAGGAGGCUGCUGCCGCUGCUGAGGAGGAGGAGACAGAGGAGACCAAGGUUGAAGAGAAGGAAUAA